AUGACGUAGUCAAAAAAGACCGUCGGCUGAAGAUGACGUUGUUAUUCAAACCGAGUUUUUGCAACAUGGUCUUGAACUGAUUUUGCAACGGUAGCUAGUUAAAGGGAUGGCGUUAAACAGACUGGGCCUGCUGCGGCCAGCACUGAGUCAGGCCUUCGCCACGCGGCUGAGACCCGUGCUGGGGGCGGGGGCGGGUUCCUGCAUCCCUCAUGCUCUCCAGAAUGGCAGCCUGGAGAAGCCCAAAGGAUAUCCCUCACCACAAGUACGCUUCUAUGCCACCAAGAAGAGCAAGGCUAAAGCUAAAGGCCAGGCAUCCAAGGUGAGCAUGAACACAGCACUGGGGGAAGACAUCAUCAGUUUGGAGGAGGUGAAAGGGGACAUGGCAAAUGUCCUGGAGAUCCUCAAGGAUGAAUUCAGCCGCAGUCUCAACAUUCGAACCUCCCCAGGGGCCUUGGACCACAUUAACGUCACAACCAAGGAUGGCAAAUUCCCCCUUAAUCAGCUCGGCCAGAUCUCCAUGAAGUCCCCGCAGCUCAUUGUGGUGAACAUGACCGGCUUCCCCGAGGCCACGGCGGCGGCCACCAGCGCCCUCCGAGAGAGCAGCAUGAAACUCAACCCUGAGGUGGAGGGCAGCAUCAUCAGAGUGCCCAUUCCCAUGGUGACCAGGGAGCACAGAGAGAACCUGGCCAAGUUGGCCAAGCAGUUCAGCAACAAGUCCAAAGACUCCCUGCGGAGGGUCCGCUCCGGUGCUCACAGCCAGCUGAAGAAGGCCAAGGAGGGCGUCUCCGAAGACACCGUUCGGAUAAUAGAAAAACAGAUCCAACAGAUGAUGGACACCUACGCUGCAGACGUCGACAAACAGCUGGCUCUGAAGACAAAGGAGCUGCUAGGGUGAGGUGGCCAUGCGUCAGCCGACAGGUCAGAGUCUGGGCCAGUACAUGAUACAACUGCGAUAGGAAAAAAGGAAAACGUACACACACAAAAGACUCAGUGAUUGCGAUGAUGGAGGAACGGGGAACUGGAAGGUGGCAUUUGGCGCAGUCAAAAGUGUGCCUCUCCCAUGCGUAAACAAAUGUUGGCAUGGCACGCCAGUGGCUGCUGGCUCCUCCGUCCGCAAGUCUUCAAACAAACUACGGAAGAGAAAAAAAAUGGACUUUUAAUGGGAUUCGGGGUCCUCCUCCUAAUCACGGCAUCGCCACAAAGCACUGUGUUUAUGUAGAAGGGGAAUGCGCUAGAUGUAAACUGUGUGCUUCUGCAGGGUUGGGGAGCGUCUCUAUGGAUCGGGAGGAGAACACAUUAACGCUCCUGCCAACAUUUGUUUCAGAUUCAUGGGUGUGUGUGUGUGUGUGCUGUGUGUGUGUGUUGUGGGAGAGCCACUUGAUGGUCGGGGUCACUGUUUCCAUCAAUUUGUGAGAAUUAAUUGUAUAGCUACCAAUGUAAACACAAUAAAUCGAACACAUCACUCUUUUCGCUGUU